UCCCUGGGGGCCAGCCAAUCCAGCCUGAGGGUCGUAUUUUUCUCGAGUGCUCUUGGGACCAGCCCUCAUUCUCAAGCUAAAGUCACGGGUGGAUUCUGCAGCCCUGGUGUUCCAGCUACGUCGUCUACUUCAGUGAGGAAUUGCUACUUGGAUGUUGGGUGUUCAAGCCCAGAAGCAGCCCCCUCCGGGCGAAUGGUCAACGCCGCCCUUCGACCCGCGCUUCCCUAACCAGAACCAGACACGUAACUGCUACCAGAAUUUUCUGGACUACCACCGGUGUGUGAAGAGCAUGAAUCGCCGCGGAAAGAACACACAACCCUGCGAGUACUAUUUCCGUGUAUUCCAUUCACUGUGUCCCAUCAGCUGGGUGCAGCGCUGGAAUGAGCAGAUCAAGCAGGGAACUUUCCCCGGCAAAAUCUGACCUUGCACUUGAGCGCUGCUCCCCUGGCAGCAUCAACCCCUAGUGACCACUGUCCUUUCAUCAAGCCCCAGCCUGAGUUACCCCCCUCCUCCACUUUGUCUUUAUGCCACAAAUAAAGCUAUGGUGCUGCUAA